AUGGCCAGAGAAAGUCGUAAAAGGAAAUUGGUAAAUUUGAACCCGGAGCUCCCACCCGAAAUCAUAUUCUCCCAUAUACUCCCACGGCUACCACCAAAGGAUCUGAUGAUGCAGUGCAGGUGCGUAUGCAAGUCUUGGUCCUCCCUCAUCUGCAGCCCUUCCUUUGUCGCCGACUUCUGGAACGACAGAAACAAGAGCACCACUAACUUCCUUUUCCAAAAGCAAAACCGCUUCUUCUCCUCAAAAAUAGAGGAGAAGGAGCAACAAGGAGGAGGGAAUAAUAAUAAUAACAGGGUUCUAAUUCCAACACCCGUCGCCGAACUUUCAUACCUGAGUCGAUGUGAAGCUCUUCGACUUUAUAGAUAUGAUAGAGUGCAAAGCGUCCAUGGCUUGGUUUGUGCAUCCUCUAGUUAUGGUGGCCCAGUUUUCAUACUUAACCCUACCACUCGAGAGUCCAUUCAACUUCCCCAUGUCAAGCACAAUGCAUUAGUUGCAUACAACUUUGGCUUCAGUCCACUUACCAACGAGUAUAAGGUUCUCCAGAUCAACUUUCGAAAUUCAGAUUUUCAGUUCAACGCAUUCACGCUAGGUCAGGAUUCUUCGUGGAGACCAUUGCAGGUAGACCCUGCAGCAGGCAACGUUGACCUUCCAUUUAAAAUAUGGGCUGUGGUCAUAAGUCCUGUGUGCAUCAAUGGGGCCAUACACUGGAUCGAUAAGAGCGAAAAAAAGAUUGUGGUAUUUGACGUUGGAGAGGAGAGCUUCAGCGUGGUGCCACUAUCUGAAGAUUGUGCUCAAGACUUUGUUGACUAUGAUGAUAAUUUUCCAAGAAUAGUUGAGGUGGGAGGAUGUGUGGCUGUGUAUCUUGGGAACCGGUGA